AUGGCGCUGACAACAUCACGACUUAGCCUGCGACGGGUUUGCUCUGCGCGACAGAGGCCAGUGACACAAGUGCGACGAUGCUUAGCGACGCAUUCAUCCCAUGUCGCAUUGAGCCCUCUUGAGCCAUAUAAUGUCCUCGAUUACACCACCCGACUCGAAUCCCUCCGCCGCGUUCAAGGCGCUAAUAAACGACCCUUGACCCUCUCCGAAAAGCUCCUCUACAGCCACUUAAUCCACGACAACGAUGAUUGGGUACUCGACCAAAUAGAGCGAGGACAGACAAUCCUGCGCCUACGGCCGGAUCGCGUUGCUUGUCAUGAUGCGACAGCGACAAUGGCGCUUCUCCAAUUCAUCAGCGCUGGUCUACCACGCGUUCAAGUGCCAACAUCUGUGCACAGUGAUCAUCUCAUUGUCGCAGAGUACGGAGCCAAAAAGGAUCUUGAGCGGGCUGCGGGUGAUCAUCGAGAGGUCUAUGCUUUUCUGAGCAGCGCAGCGAAGAAAUACGGCAUUGGGUAUUGGAAACCUGGCGCAGGUAUUAUUCACACUACGAUUUUUGAGAACUACGCUUUUCCAGGUGGUUUGUUCAUUGGCACUGACUCGCAUACUCCCAAUGCUGGCGGAAUGGGUGUUCUGGGUAUUGGAGUCGGCGGCUCUGAUGCUGUGGAUGCUAUGGCUGGAAUGCCAUGGGAGCUUGUUUGUCCCAAGGUCUUGGGCGUUCGUCUGACAGGACGGUUGUCGGGAUGGGCAUCUUCCAAAGACAUUAUCUGCAAGCUUGCGGGUAUACUGACUGUCUCCGGUGGAAAGGGUAAGGUCAUCGAGUUCUUUGGUCCUGGUGCCGAGACAUUGGGAGCCACGGCCAUGGCCACUGUUUGUAACAUGUCAGCCGAGGUUGGGUCAACCUCGUGUAUCUUCCCCUACUCACAGGCUAUGGCACGGUAUCUUAAAGCGACCAAACGGGGAGACAUCGCUCGCUACGCUGACGGCUUCACUGAGACGCUGCUUACUGCAGACCGUGGCAGUGAGGAUUACUACGACGAGGUCAUUGAGAUUGAUCUCUCAACGCUUGAACCUCACAUCAACGGCCCAUUCACUCCCGACCUCUCGCAUCCCCUGUCUCAGUUCAAGACACGAGUUCAAGAGAGCUCCUGGCCCUCCAAGAUCAGUCAUAGUAUGGUAGGCAGCUGUACCAAUAGCUCCUACGAGGAUCUCGAGAAAGUCUACGACUUGGUACAACAGGCCAAAAAGGCAGGCAUCGACCGGCCUAGAACACCCUUCAUGGUAAGCCCAGGCAGUGAACAGAUUCGUGCAACUGCGGAGGAGAGUGGCAUCUUACCAAGUUUGAGAGAGGCUGGAACCGUUGUUCUCAGCAACUCUUGCGGACCCUGUGUUGGACAAUGGGACAGGAAGGAUGUUGACGUUGCUGGUGCUGAGAACAACUCAGUCAUCUCUAGCUUCAAUCGCAACUUCACUGGUCGCCAUGAUGGAAACCCCGCUACACAUUCUUUCGUCACAUCUCCCGAGAUCGCCACUACUUUUGCUUAUGCUGGUGAUCUGUCAUUCAACCCCAUGCACGACGCUAUUCCCACUGAUAAGUCGGGUACCUCUCACUUCCGAUUUACCCCUCCUGUCGCCAACGAGCUUCCAGAAAGGUUCAUCGCUGGUAGCGAUCUCUUCCAGCCGCCUAUACUAGAAGAUACCUCAGAUUAUAAAGUUGCCAUCGAUGAAGGCAGCGAUCGCCUGGAGCUUCUGACGCCGUUUGAGCCAUGGAAGCCAGGCCAAGCAGAGAACAUGGAAGUCCUCAUCAAAGUCUCUGGAAAGUGUACCACAGAUCAUAUUUCUCCCGCAGGGCCAUGGUACAAUUAUCGUGGCCAUCUAUCUAACAUCAGCCACAACAUGCUCCUCGGCGCAACAAACGGAUUCCUUCCCAACGCCAGUUCACUAUCUAUGACUGGCAAGACACGAGAUCCUACAGACGGCACCAUCAAGUUCAUCCACAAAGCCGCACGAACAAUGAAGAAUGCUGGUAUCAGAUGGUGUAUCAUUGGCGAUAACAACUACGGCGAAGGUAGUUCCCGGGAACACGCUGCGCUGGAGCCCAGAUUCUUGGGUGGUGUAGCAGUCAUUGCAAAGAGCUUCGCCCGCAUUCAUGAGACGAACUUGAAGAAGCAGGGGAUGUUUCCGUUUACGUUUGCGGACCUAUUGGACUAUGAUAGGAUUCGGGAGGGCGAUGUUAUAAGUUUACUGGACGUUGAUGGUGAUGCGCUUCAGCCGGAGAAGCAGGUUACGAUGAAGGUGGUGAAUAAAGACGGGACUGAAUGGACGGCGCAGUUGAACCACUCGUAUCAUGAGCACCAGCUUGCAUGGCUACGGGCCGGGAGUGCGCUGAAUCAUGUCAAGAAGACGAUCUUGGGUAGCGCAGCUUAA